AUGUCGAGCGUUGUGGACUUCAGCGGAGAUGAAACGGCGCCAUUCUUCGGCUUCAUCGGAGCUGCGGCGGCGCUGGUGUUCUCGUGUAUGGGAGCAGCAUACGGAACAGCCAAGAGCGGGGUCGGAGUGGCGAGCAUGGGAGUGAUGAGGCCGGAGCUGGUGAUGAAGUCCAUCGUGCCAGUGGUCAUGGCCGGAGUGCUUGGAAUCUACGGGCUGAUCAUCGCCGUGAUCAUCAGCACGGGCAUCAACCCCAAGGCCAAACCUUACUACCUGUUCGACGGCUAUGCUCAUCUGGCCUCCGGCUUGGCCUGUGGACUGGCAGGCCUGUCGGCCGGCAUGGCCAUCGGGAUCGUCGGCGACGCUGGAGUCCGAGCCAAUGCUCAGCAGCCCAAACUCUUCGUGGGAAUGAUCCUCAUUCUCAUCUUCGCCGAGGCUCUUGCUCUUUACGGACUCAUCGUCGGUAUCAUCCUCUCGUCCCGCGCUGGACAGUCCCGAGGAGAGUGA